AUGAUCAUCACAGCACACCCACGAGGACCACCCGAGCUAUCCGAACUAGCAACCAUCCUCCAAAAACAACUCUCAUCGAACUUCGCAAGCGCAACCGUCGUCGUCGUCGAACAAUGCCCCGAUCUCCAACAACCACCCUUCAACCUCGCCGCCCCAGGACUCUCAGGAUACCCCUGGAUAGCUGACAUAGGCGGGCAGUCCAACCUAUUCCCGACUCCGAAUUACAAGGCGCAAUACUCGCUCCUGCAACUCGCGAGAAACUUGCAGAACUCUCCGUCCGGUGGCGCUGUUAUCGGCGCUGGCGCGGCCCCGUUCCAGGAUAUCGGUCGGAAUGCUGAGCUUGCGCCGAAUUUGGCGUGGGAAGGGUACGGGGAUGAGGAUUUCGAGGGGGAUUCUCUGAAGGUGAAUAAUCUGACAAGGGUUGUGCUGGCUGAUCGUGGGGGUGUGCCUUCUUGUCAAAGGACGACUAGCACUAAUUGUGCGCUUAUGAUGAACCUGUACGGCUCCAGUGGACGGCCGGGACCGGUGCUUAAGGUUACGGCUCGAGGUCGGACUGGGGAUAUGAAUUUCACGAAUUGUAUCCGGUUCGGUCUACGUGAUACCUACGGCGACUCGAGACCGAUUAGUAUGGGCGGCGUGUUUCUGCUCAAGAAAGGAAAGGCAAAAUUCCACGUUAUGCCCGACUUCCCGACCGCGGACGAACUCCCUUUUCGAGAUCGAGAGCAGCUUGAGAAGGAGUGGUUGACGUAUCAUGUGUUUGAUGCUCCGGUUGUGUGUUUGUCUGUCUUCCAUAGUGCCGAUCCAGAAGGAUUGGGGUUGAGGAUGGAGCAUACUCAUUGCUUUGAGACGAAUGGCAACAUCAAAGGGGGGCAUUACCACUAUGAUAUUCAGGAUGGGGAUGAGGAGGUUGAGUAUGAGGCUUAUUUGCACCCUGCUUCUACUCUUUACCGGAUUGACAGGCCGAGAUCAUAA